AUGUUAUCAUCCCGUUGUGAACGAGCGGUUGAACUGGGCUAUCAGCCCAUUCUAAAACAGAAUGUUUUACACACGGUUAAAUUAUCAUACAUGAGCACGAUCAUGCUUUUGUUCAUCGGUUGUCUCCGUUGUGCCGAAUAUCUUUUCCCACUUUCCAGCAAAUUCAACGAAUACGUGGUGAUGAACCCAAACGAAGCGCUCAGCCUGCUCAACUACAGCACCGUAAUACCAUCGUGGAAUCCGAACGCACAGUUUGCAUACUUUGCCGAUCAGCACUUGCUGCUAAUUGGCAGAUCAAGCGUUGGCGACGGGACGUACAGAGGACCAAUCUACAAGGGCAACGGCUGCUGGGAGAUCGUUGACGUCGCACCAAGGCAGAUAAUGCUCAAGAACGGACCAUGGUGCUUGGGCGUAAGGAAAGAAAUGCUCCUCGUUAAUGAGCGGGCCCUUGUGCUAGGAACGUGUAGCGGUGAUGACGAACAAAUAUUCUACGUGCAUGAUGGCAGGUUCUUGCCAAGGCCAUCAAGAGCGGUGACUGCCGCUGUGUUGGGACCGCAAUUUUGA